UCCCGUUUAGUUUUACGCGAUUUUACUUGAUCAAUAAAACUACUCUGUUUAACACACCAUUUUCCGAAAAAUAAUAAUAAUAACAAUAAAAAAUGGCAGAUGAACACAUCCCUACUGGUUGGGAAAAAAGAUUAAGUCGUUCGACGGGUCAGUACUAUUAUCUUAAUAUUUAUACGAAAGAAUCGCAAUGGGAUGCCCCCACAAGUCCCGCUGAACCAGCUAAUGAAUCUGGACCAGAUAGAAUUCAAUGUUCGCAUUUAUUAGUUAAACAUAAAGAUUCGCGGAGACCUUCAUCAUGGAGGGAAGAAAAUAUCGUUAGAUCCAAAGAGGAAGCGUUAGAUAUGAUUAAAACUUAUCGAGAGCAAAUAACAAGUGGAAAAACCAAUCUUCCUGAUUUAGCUCAAAAGUAUUCCGAUUGUUCAUCAGCACGACGAGGAGGUGAUUUAGGACCGUUUGGAAGAGGGGCUAUGCAAAAGCCGUUUGAAGAUUGUGCUUUCUCUUUGAAAAUUGGGGAAUUAAGCGAUCCAGUUUUUACCGCCUCUGGAGUUCAUUUAAUUUUACGUACCAGUUAAAUUUGAUGUUUAUAAAUAACAAUAUUUAAUACAGAGUAUUUUCAUAGAUACUUUAAGCGGCUAAUCAUCAUUCUUUUUCGAAAGCCUAAACAUUUUUUAAAUGAU